UGUCCAAUCGGAUUUUCUAUUAGGGCAUCGAGUCGAAUUACCCAAUUUUAAUCCCAAACAAAAACUCCCAAAAACCCUUCUAACGAUUCGAUUAAACCCCAACUUUCUUCCAUUCCAAGCACAGAAUCAAAGCUUCUCGAAUGAUCCUUAUUUCAGCUUUUAGUGGAAUAAUAGUUGAAGCUGCUGUUAGAAGAGAUGUUGCAUAACAAAUCGUUUGUUAAAAAGACGAAGUCUGGGAAGGUGACGAAGCAAGUGAGAGAACACUAUCUUCGAGAUGAUAUUUACUGUGGGACUUCAAUUUGCAAAAAAUGUGAUUCUUCUGUUGCUCGCUUGAGUGCUUCUACAUUCCCAAUUCUAGUUCUUGACACCAAUGUCGUUCUUACUCAGAUUGAUUUGCUAGAGAAUCCUGCCAUUGAUGAUGUGGUUAUGCUAUCGGUUGUGCUGGAAGAAGUUAAGAACAAGAACUUGUCUGUUUACAAUAGAGUUAGAGCUCUCUGCUUUAAUCCUUUGAGGAGAUUCUUUAUCUUCUCCAAUGAGCACCACAAGGAUACAUAUGUUAAGGAGAUGAGUGGAGAAAGUAAAAAUAAUCGAAAUGAUAGAGCAAUUCGAGUGGCUACUCAGUGGUAUCAGAAUCAUCUUGGUGGUGCUGCUCGGGUUCUACUCAUAACAAAUGACAGAGAGAAUAGGAUGAAGGCCAUUGAAGAGGGAAUUUAUGCAGAGUCUAUUGAAUCAUAUGUUAGAUCCUUGGGUCAAACUCAUUUACUUGACCUGUUAGUGCAUAGCGCAAACGAAGAUAAAAUUAUGGAGGAAGUUGAAGAUUUGAGGCCAUCCAAGAGAAAGGUUCUUUACACCGAGCAUAAACCCAUGUCAGAAAUUACUUCUGGCUUGCAUCGUGGUAUAUAUCAUCAAGGAAGGCUCCGUGUCAAUCGAUUCAAUCCAUUUGAAGCAUAUGUUGGAAGUGAGAGUAUUGGUGAUGAAAUAAUAAUUUAUGGACGUACCAACAUGAACCGGGCUUUUGAUGGUGAUGUUGUGGCGGUUGAACUUCUAUCUCGAGAUCAGUGGCAUGAAGAGAAGUCUCUGACUUUAGCAGAUGAAGAAGAUGAUGAGGAAGAAGAUGUUCAUCUUGUUCCUGGUAGCGCAGAUGAUGCCCCAAGAACUGCAUUUGUACUUCAGGGCUCUGAUGGAGAUUCUACUUCUAGUUCACCACGUCCAGCUGGACGUGUCAUUGGUAUUAUAAAGCGUAACUGGCACUCUUAUUGUGGUUCUUUGGAUCCAAUGCCUAUGCCUGCUGGAAGUGGCGGUGUUGCCUAUGCUCUAUUUGUUUCAAAAGAUCGUCGGGUUCCAAAAAUUAGAAUCCAAACUCGCCAGCUUGAGAAUCUUUUGGACAAGAGAAUUAUCGUUUCUGUUGAUUCUUGGGACCAUCUAUCUAGAUAUCCUUCUGGCCAUUAUGUGCGAUCUAUAGGAGAAAUAGGAGAUCGAGAUACUGAAACUGAGGUGGUCUUAAUUGAAAAUGAUAUAAACAACAGGCCGUUUUCUUCACAAGUUAUGGCAUGCUUGCCACCAUUACCAUGGUCAGUGUCUCCUGCUGAUGUAGCAAACCCCAUUCGACAGGAUUUGCGGCACCUGAAUGUUUUUAGUGUCGACCCUCCAGGUUGCAAAGAUAUCGAUGAUGCACUUCACUGUACAGCUCUUCCAAAUGGAAAUUUUGAAGUUGGAGUCCAUAUUGCCGAUGUAACAAACUUUGUACACACUGGCACUGCAUUGGAUGACGAGGCUGCACAAAGGGGUACAUCAGUUUACCUUGUUGAACGGAGAAUAGACAUGCUUCCAAAACCAUUAACAGAAGAUAUAUGUUCUCUUCGAGCCGAUGUGGAAAGACUGGCAUUUUCAGUAAUUUGGGAAAUGACACCUGAAGCCGAUAUUAUUUCUACUAGCUACACAAAAAGCAUCAUUAAAUCAAGUGCUGCAUUAUCAUAUGUUGAAGCUCAAGCGAGGAUGGAUGACAGUCGAUUGAUGGAUCCAAUAACUAGAGAUUUGAGAAAUAUGAAUGCCUUGGCAAAGAAAAUGAGGUUGAGACGAAUUGAGAGAGGUGCUUUGACUCUUGCUUCAGCUGAAGUCAAAUUUCAAAUUGACACUGAGACACAUGACCCUCUUGAUAUUGGUAUGUAUCAAAUUCGAGAAGCUAACCAAAUGGUAGAGGAGUUUAUGCUUGCUGCUAAUGUUUCGGUAGCAGAAAAAAUUCUUCAGCAUUUUCCGCUGUGUUCAUUAUUACGGCGCCAUCCUACACCAACUAACGAGAUGCUUGAACCUCUGAUUCGCACAGCUGUCGCUGUUGGUCUUGACUUGGAUGUCUCAUCAUCCAAAGCUUUGGCUGAUUCACUUGAUCGUGCUUUGGGUGAUGAUCCGUACUUCAAUAAGCUGAUCAGAAUACUAGCUACUAGAUGUAUGACACAGGCUGUUUACUUCUAUAGCGGAGACCUCAGUCCUCCAGAAUAUCAACAUUAUGGGCUUGCAGCACCUCUGUAUACCCAUUUCACCUCUCCUAUUCGACGAUACGCAGAUGUCAUCGUGCACAGAUUGCUCGCUGCAUCUUUGGGAAUAUACAAACUUCCAACCCUGUUCCAUGACAGACUAAAACUCACUACAAUCGCUGAUAACUUGAAUUAUCGACAUAGAAACGCCCAGAUGGCUGGCCGGGCUUCAGUAGAGCUUCAUACUUUAAUUUACUUCAAAAAACGGCCUACGGACACGGAGGCCAGAAUUGUGAAGAUAAGAUCAAACGGUUUUAUAGUAUUUGUUCCCAAAUUUGGUAUCGAGGGACCAAUACACUUGUCAGCAAGAGGUGAGAAGCAAAAUGGAGAAUGGUUGGUGGAUGAGCAAGACCAGAAGAUCAAAAGGUUGGAUGGUAGCAUAACAUACAACGUUCUACAGGCAGUGAGAAUUCACAUGGAGGUUGUGGAGCCCCAACCAAAUCGACCAAAGCUUCAGCUUAAACUUAUUACUUAAUGUCUCCAAAACCACUUGUGUAAAAGGUAGAGUUCUUUUGUUUUUUUUAAAGCUUGCGAGUUUACAGAGUUCAUGUUGUGAGAGUAGAUAGAGCUGCAGCGCUGCUAAAACAGAUUGUUGGAAGAAAUGUAUAUUUAUUUUUAUUAUAAAUAAUUACCACUAAUUUUUUGAACUCAGAUGUGUAAUUUGUUUAAAA